UGCUGGUCACUGGACUAGGCCUAUUCCUAAUGGACUCUUUCCCAGUCACUAGUACCGGAGUCCUCCAAACGCCAGGGGCCGCUGUAGGAAAGGCCUGGUUUUCUUCCCACAACACCCAGCAACCCCAGCGGUGCCCUUUGACCCAGAGAAGCUGCUGCCCAGAGUUAAGAUGGCGGCCUCAGUGGCAGCUGCCGCUGGGCAGCUUCGACGCGCCAUUCGAAGGUCGCCAGCAUGGCCGGGCCCCAGCUGUCGGCCGCUGUCAUCUGGGCCUCCUCCAGCCAAGGCCGCUGCCGUUCGGAACGCCUUCCUAAGCUUCUUUCGGGACCGCCAUAGCCACCGGCUGGUGCCCUCCGCUUCCGUGAGACCCCGCGGCGACCCGAGUUUGCUUUUCGUCAACGCCGGCAUGAACCAGUUCAAACCAAUCUUCCUGGGUACUGUGGAUCCACGAAGUGAGAUGGCUGGCUUCCGGCGUGUGGCCAACAGUCAGAAGUGUGUGAGGGCUGGAGGACGCCACAAUGACCUGGAGGAUGUGGGCCGAGACCUCUCUCAUCAUACUUUCUUUGAGAUGCUUGGCAACUGGGCCUUUGGAGGUGAAUAUUUUAAGGAAGAAGCUUGCAGCAUGGCCUGGGAACUGCUAACUCAAGUCUAUGGGAUCCCCGAGGACAGGCUCUGGGUCUCCUACUUUGGUGGUGACCCAAAGACAGGGCUGGAGCCAGACUUGGAGUGCAGGGAUAUCUGGCUCAGCUUAGGGGUGCCUGCCAGGCGUGUGCUUUCCUUUGGACUAGAGGAGAACUUCUGGGAGAUGGGGGUUACUGGGCCCUGUGGGCCUUGCACUGAGAUUCAUUAUGACCUGGCUGGUGGAGUGGAAGCCCCCCAACUGGUGGAGCUUUGGAAUCUGGUCUUCAUGCAACACAACAGAGAGGCGGAUGGAAGCCUGCAGCCCCUGCCCCAGCGGCAUGUGGACACAGGAAUGGGCUUAGAAAGGCUGGUUGCUGUGCUCCAAGGCAGACACUCCACCUACGAUACUGACCUCUUUUCCCCACUACUUGACGCCAUACAUCAGGGCUGUGGGGCACCCCCUUACUUGGGCCGGGUAGGGGCAGCAGACAAGGGGCGCACAGACACGGCGUACCGAGUGGUGGCCGACCACAUCCGCACACUCAGUGUCUGCAUUGCUGACGGCGUUUCUCCUGGGAUGUCAGGUGCCCCGCUGGUUCUGCGUCAGAUCCUUCGCCGAGCUGUGCGCUUCUCUACAGAGGUGUUGCGGGCACCUCCUGGCUUCCUAGGCAGCCUGGUGCCUAUAGUGGUGGAGACACUGGGAGACACUUACCCAGAGCUGCAGAAGAACUCCACCCAGAUAGUCAACCUGGUAUCAGAGGAUGAGGCAGCCUUCCUGUCCUCUCUUGAGCGAGGUCGGCGUAUCAUCGAUCGGACCCUGAAACGCCUGGGGCCUACGGAUAUGUUCCCUGCUGAAGUGGCCUGGUCCUUGUCCAUGUCUGGAAACCUGGGGCUCCCCCUGGACCUGGUAGAACUGAUGCUGGAAGAGAAAGGAGUGCAGCUGGAUUCCGCUGGACUGGCAAGGCUGGCCCAGGAGGAGGCCCAGCACCAGGUGCAGCAGGCUGAGCCAGUUCGGGAGCAUGGACUGCAGCUGGACAUCCAUGCAUUGGGGGAGCUGCAGCGCCGAGGGGUGCCCCCAACGGAUGACAGCCCCAAGUACAACUACUCUCUGCGGCCCAGUGGGGAUUAUGAUUUCAGUGCCUGUGAGGCCCAGGUGCUCCAGCUGUAUACAGAGGAUGGGACAGCUGUGGCCUCUGUGGGGGGCGGCCAGCGCUGUGGCCUCCUUUUGGACAGGACCAACUUCUAUGCUGAACAGGGCGGGCAGACCUCAGACAGAGGCUACCUGGUACCCGUGGGGCAGCAGGAUGUCCUAUUCCCAGUGGUCCGGGCCCAGGUCUGUGGAGGCUUCGUUCUGCAUGAGGCAGUGGCUCCCGAGUGCUUGCAGGUGGGGGACCGGGUGCAGCUACAUGUGGAUAAGGCCUGGCGUCUGGGCUGCAUGGAGAAACACACCGCCACCCACCUGCUGAACUGGGCACUGCGGCAAACCCUGGGCCCCAGCACAGAGCAGCGAGGUUCCCACCUCAAUCCUGAGCGGCUACGCUUCGAUGUGACAAUCCAGGCGCCCCUGACCCCAGAGCAGCUCCGGUGCGUGGAGGACACCGUGCAGCAGGCUGUGGAGCAGGAUGAGGCCGUGUACAUGGAGGAGGUGGCCCUGGAACUCACGGCCCACGUCCCUGGCCUGCGCUGUCUGGAUGAGGUGUAUCCAAACCCUGUGCGGGUGGUGUCCGUGGGGGUGCCUGUGGCCCAGGCCCUGGACCCAGCCUCCUCAGCUGCACUGCAGACUUCUGUGGAGCUGUGCUGUGGGACGCACUUGCUCCGCACAGGGGCAGUGAGGGAUCUCGUCAUCAUUGGGGAGAGGCGGCUCACCAGGGGCACCACACGCCUCCUGGCUGUCACCGGGGAACAGGCCCAGCAGGCCCGAGAGGUAGGCCAGAGCCUGACCCAGGAGGUGGAAGCAGCUGUGGAGCGCUAUAGUCGGGGCAACCAGGAUGUGGCAGAGGCGCAGAGGCUGUCCAAGGACAUAGGACGGCUCUCUGAUGCUGUGGACACCGUCAUGAUGCCCCAGUGGCAGAGGCGGGAGCUUCAGGCCACACUGAAGGCACUCCAGCGGCGCAGCAACACUGUGAUCCGGAAGCUAGAAGUGGGGCAGGCUGCGCAGAAGACACAGGAGCUACUGAGGCAGCACUCAGAGGGCCCGGUGAUCGUGGACACCAUUUCUGCUGAGUCCCUCUCGGUGCUGGUGAAGGUGGUGCGGCAGCUGUGUGAGAAGGUGCCUAGCACAUCUGUGCUGCUGCUCAGUCCCCAGCCUGUGGGGCAUGUGCUUUGUGCCUGCCAGGUGGCCCAGGAUGCCACACCAGCCUUCACAGCAGAAGCCUGGGCACUGGCUGUUUGCAGCCACAUGGGGGGCAAGGCCUGGGGCUCUCGAGUGGUGGCCCAGGGCACCGGAAGCACCGCUGACCUAGAUGCUGUCCUCAAUAUAGCCCGAACCUACGCCCUCAACCAGCUCUGACCCAGGAGCCCCCGGGGACACAAGUGGACUAAAGAGAUGGACUAGGCUAGUGCUCAGAGCCUUGACGGAGCCAGUGGAACACACUUGUAGGCUAAAGCUAAGGACUAGACUGGAAGCCAAGCAGCAGAGCCAUGGAAAGUUGACCUGAGCCAUGUCCUGCUUGGAAAAAAGGAACUGAGAUACUGAGAGGGUGGAAGUGAACACACAUACAAGGUGAGUAUGAGGAUACCAGUUCUGGCUGUGAUUACUUAUUAAACAGUAUUUCACAGAGGCUAGGAAGCUCCAGACAGAUGUUUUGCUUAAUAAAGAGAAGACCAUCCCAUCCCCAGCAACCUGGAAUAUGGGUGCCAACUUGGGCACACAUACCUAUCACCAGCCUGGUCCACCAUACUGGGUGGGAAGGCCACCAUGAAUCCAAAUCAGAAUGUCCAAGGACGUCUUCAUCGUCAGAAGUGCCCCGACAAGUUCUCCAAGGUACACAGAAAGGCCCAUCCUAGUCCCGCCCCAGUUCCAGGAAUGUCAAGUGAAAGUCACUAUGGGGGCAGACCCUUGCUGCUAUCCCUUAUCUCAUUAAUGAUGACUUUUUAAUGAAGACCCUGCUGUUUUUGUUGCUAAAUUGAGCAACAGCUACUAAUCAGUUGCUGAAAAUGUGUCAUGAAUCCAGCAGAUAGUCCUGCCCUUGUGAACUUACUUUAGUGGGGAAAUGGACAAUAAAGAGAAAGAAUGUCAAA